AUGGCCGAGGACGGGGAAGCGGCACUCAGCAAGGCUGAACUUAAGGCCUUGAAAGCUGCAAAGAAACAGAUGAAGAAGGAGAAGCGCGACAAGAAAGCGGCGGCAGCGGCGGCCAGCGAAGCAGCCACCCCUGGCGUCGCGGGCAGUAACAGCGAGGACACCGCCGUGGAGGUUGCUGUAGGGGAGAAGAAGAAAAAGAAGAAGAACAAGGAGAAACGCGCCGCAGAGGAUCAGCAGCAGCAGCAGCAGCAGCAGGUGGCGGCAGACGCCGCAGUCGAAGAGGAGGGCAAGAAGAAGAAGGCAAAGAAGGCGAAGCGCGACAGGGAGGAGCAGCAGCCAGCAGACGCCGAGCCUGCCAAGAAGGCCAAGGCCCCCAAGCAGCAGCAGCAGCAGCAGCAGCACCAGCAGCAAAAGCAGCAGCCGCCCCGCUCCCUCGCGGCCGUCGGCGACGCGGCGCUCGCGGCCAGCAGCGCCCCCAUUUUGAAGGCGCUGUACAAGGAGCACCCUGAUGUUGCGGCCAUGUCGCCCGCGCAGGCCGCGGCCGCGCGCGAGGAGCGGAAAAUGGCUGUCGACGGCUGCGGCCUCGCGCCCGUGCUGUCGUUCGACCAGACCGGCCUCGGGCCGGAGCUGCUGCACUCAACGCGCGACUUUGUGGCGCCGUCUCCCAUCCAAUCCCAGUGCUGGCCCAUCGUCCUGUCCGGCUAUGACCUGAUCGGCAUCGCCGCGACCGGCUCAGGCAAGACCCUGGGCUUUGGCUUGCCCAUGAUGGCCCACAUCGCGGCCAACAAGCGCCCCGGCGGCGCGUCGGCCGGCAAGAAGGGGCCGUUUGCCGUCGUGCUCGCGCCGACGCGCGAGCUGGCGCUGCAGAUCGCGGCGGUCCUGGAGGACGCCGGCGCGCGCUGCGGCGUGCGCUGCUGCUGCGUGUACGGCGGCGUGCCCAAGGGGCCGCAGAUCGCGGCGCUGAAGAGCGGCGUGGAGGUGAUCGUGGGGACGCCGGGGCGGCUGGAGGAUCUGAUGGAGGACAGCAUCGCGCGGCUCACGAACGUGACCUACCUUGUUCUUGACGAGGCGGACCGCAUGCUGGACCUGGGCUUUGAGCCCCACAUCCGCAAGAUCUGCCAGACUGUCCGCGCGGACAGGCAGACGCUCAUGUUCAGCGCGACCUGGCCGACGGCGGUGCAGCAGCUGGCGAGCAACUUCCUGGCGGAGGAGGGGGCGGUCAAGGUGACGGUGGGGUCGCUGGAGCUGGCGGCCAGCCACAGUGUCGCGCAGUCUGUCGAGGUGAUCGACCCGGCCAAGCGCGACGACCGCCUGCAGCAGCUCCUGCAGCAGCACCACUCCAGCCGCAAGAACCGCAUCAUCAUAUUCGUGCUCUACAAGAAGGAGGCGCCGCGCGUGGAGGCGCUGCUCAAGCGCAAGGGCUGGAGCGCGGCGGCGAUCCACGGCGACAUCAGCCAGGCGCAGCGGACGGCGGCGGUGGAGGCGUUCAAGGCGGGGACCAUCCCGCUGCUGAUCGCGACGGACGUGGCGGCGCGGGGGCUGGACAUCCCGGACGUCGAGGUGGUCAUUAACUAUUCGUUUCCGCUGACCAUCGAGGACUACGUCCACCGCAUCGGCCGCACCGGCCGCGCCGGCAAGACCGGCCGCGCCGUGACCUUCUUCUCGGCGGGCGCGGACAAGCCACGCGCGGGGGAGCUCAUAAACGUGCUGCGGGAGGCGGGGCAGCCCGUGCCGGACGAGCUGCUCAAGUUUGGCACCACCGUCAAGAAGAAGGAGCACAAGCUGUAUGGGGCGCACUUCAAGGACGUUGACCUGAGCAAGAAGGCAACAAAGGUCACGUUUGACGACUGA